AUGAAUUUGAUGGAUAUGCUAUCCGCAGACCUGGCUCUCAGCUCCGUUCAGGACACAGACCCCUUCUACGAAAGCCUACGACCAGAAGAACAGGUUUCAGCAGGACCGCCUCCAAACACAAUUCAUUAUCUUCCUUGCAUGAUGUCGCCACUCCAGCGCGAUAUGGCUGAAGCGGUAGUGCAGAUCUUUGCGUGUUUGCUUGAGUCCGAGACGAUUAUGCGCAAACAAAGAACGAGCAUCAAUACUCUUCUAGAGAGCUCGGUUCUGCUGGAGAGCAAUCAGCAGGCUAUUGUUAAUUCGCUUCUAUUGAUGUACAACCAGCUUGUGACUAUUUCCAUGCAUCCAUCGCUUGUUGUUGACCAUUUCAUAUCUAAAGGAUUACUUCUACUGUCACCAAAAGAUAGACUUCUGGAUCUUUCAGGAAAGAUGCGGCUAUUCAACGAGUUGAUUGAUGUUUUGUCUGAGAAACAGGACUCAGGGGCUCUUGUUGAGAACUACAAUUUGUUGGUGGUGGCUCGAAGUGUCAAGGAGCUAGAACUCAUUGAGGGCUUGAUCGUAGGAAAGAAGCUUCAGUAUUACAAUGCUAGCAGUAAGAAAUUGUACGAAGAAUUGCCUCACAAAUCCCGUCGUGAGACGCCGGCUGAUGAUUCGCCUGGCGCUGAUCAAUGGCGCCGUCUGCGUCACCACCGUCGUCUGUCACUCAAAUCCACAACGGAGCCAAAACUCGUGCUUCAUCUCAUUACCAGCAGCCAGUUAUACAACACUUUCUCCUUUAAUGGAACUUUAGAUCUCAUUUUCUCUUUUGAAGCGGAACUUGAUUUUGCGAGUCCCGCAGUGGAAGUGGUGCGUAGAAACAACAAGGCCACGUUGGGACUCAUGCCAUCUUCGCAGCGUGAAACGCCUGUUCUUGUCCCAAUCCAGGUUUUCUCUAUUGAACACAUUGGCCGCCUUUUGGCAAAGUCCAACGAAAGGCUUGGCUCAUCUUCAAAUGAUCACACCCAUCGGCUUCGAGUUUUGAAGACCUUUAUUGUCAAUCGUUCACACUUAUUCAUUCCUAACAGGAAAGAAGAUUUCGUUCCUAACUAUGGCAAGUUGUUUCGUGACAUCGGCACUUGGCUCCUACAAUGGCCUCAAAUGCCACUGCCUGCCUCGCUCAACUCUUUGGAAAAGUAUUCUGAUAAAAUCGUGUUUGAUCUAGAUGAUGCCAAAGUUAUUUCAAGUCUGAAAGAGAACCAUCUCACCGCUUUGAGUGCUAUUUUCAUGCCAAUGUCGGGCGAAAAACAGAGUCCAUUCACAAACCGCAAAUCAGAACACAUAGAGCCAAUAGAUUAUCUGGUGCUUAAACGAGAGUUGGCUCUCUUCUUCAACGAACGAGCGGAAGAAGUUGAGGCUCUUAUCGAUGAUGGCUUGUCCUCGAUACUUCCUGAUUUGCGAAAAGUCGAAGCAUCUCGCCAAUCUGAAAUUGAUUCAUUUGAAGACCAAGUUGGCGAAAACUACCGCAAAUUGCGCAAGCUCAAUGAUACCCUUACUAGUGUUGACAAGAAGUACAACCGAGUUGAAAGCGAAUCUCAGAAUCUUCAAGCACAAUUUACAGAAUGUGAGAAGCUUUUGGCACAUCUAGACGACAUCACGACCAACAAAGAAGACGAGGAGGUCGAAAAGCUCACUCAAGAGCAGAGCCAUCUCGUACAAGAGUUGGAGGAGGAGAAGAAAAGAUUAGAAAAGGAGUACAACGUUCUUUCAGAUGAGAGCGAGCGGUUUCGAGAGCAAUACCAAACGAUGUCUACUGAGGCCGUCAAAUUUACUGGAAAGGUUUCUGUUGCUACGGGUAAACAGGCAGCGCUUGAGUACAAAUUAAAUGGGCCCGGAAUGCGUCGUCUUCCUUCGCUAGCUCGGGAAGAUGAGCUUGCAGUCUAUGACACGAAACUCAAGCGAAUUCUGGAAGAGAACCGGUUUCUCGGCCUGUUGUUCCAAAUGCGUUUCGAUCGACUUGUGAAGGAGAGGACAAGCUCGAUGGAGCUUGCAGCGACUCUGUCAUUGGGGCGUCUGAAUAACCGAGGAAGCCGAGCCACCACUCCAUUCCUGCUCAACUAG